GACGUGAUGAGGAAAUGAUUCAUGCUUCCUCGAACAUCGAUCCGCACGGCAGUGACACUAUCAUCCGCUCGGUUCCAUCGCCAGUGCCAUCAUCACUGCUCGCGUGGUGGUUCCAGUGCGGAAAGACGGAAGCACAGCAGGAACAGCAGCAGCAGGAUCCGCUCGGACCGACCGGCUGCCUGGAGGUGAUUUACGGUAUCGCGCUGCACUACCUACACGAAACGCUGGAUCACAUUGCGCUAGUGCUGCUGGCCUACAGUGUACUAUGCGUCGUCCUGUACCGGGUGAUGUUUCACCGUGCGACCGGUGGUUCGCGCUUCGGCCGGUGGCUGGUGCGCCGAAGCCAUCUGCCACCGUGCAGCCGGGCCCUGCUCGUGACCGCCCAUCCAGAUGACGAGGUGAUGUUCUUCGGUCCGACCAUACUGGAGCUGCGGCGCCGCCAGUGCCGCGUGUUUGUGCUGUGCCUGUCCGAGGGCAAUCACGACCGUAAGGGCGCCGUGCGGAGGCAGGAGCUGUGGGAUGCGUGCGAAAGCAUGGGCGUGCGGCCCGAGGACAUAACGCUCGUUAAUGCGACACAUUUGCAGGACGAUCCGACCGCGGAAUGGAGGGCGGUCACGAUUGCGAACCAGCUGCUCCGCCAGCUGGAAUCGCUCGACGCGGAGCUGCUGAUCACGUUCGACAAGGAAGGUAUCAGCGGCCAUCCGAACCAUAGUGCAAUUUACUACGCGACCGCUUCGCUGUGUCUUUCCGGCAUGAUACCGAACAAUUGUAAAGUAUUAACGUUAGAAACGGUGAAUCUGUGCCGAAAGUAUUUGUCGAUAUUUGAUCUGCCGGCGACGCUGCUGCUAUCUACCAAUUGGGUCAUCCUCAGCUGGAAAGCUCGGCGCGCUGUGCAGAAUGCGAUGCGCUUGCACAACUCCCAGAUGGUGUGGUUUCGCAAGCUGUACAUAAUAUUCUCCCGCUACAUGGUGAUCAAUUCGUUGCGCGAAAUUAACAAAUCCGACGUAGAGUUUGAAAUUUUGGAUACCUAAGUGGGGUGACAGACGCGCAAACCUUUUUGCGAGCGCCAACCAAACAAAACUGUGCACCGAAACAGCUUCCAGAUGCUUCUUCCAUCAGCUGGGACCACCAAAUCACGCACUCCGUCUUGUAGUAAACACCCACAAGAGCACAUCCACCCAGAACGAAUGAAAGCGACGAAGAACAAGAACACGUUCCUAGGAUCCAAAUAAUGCUAACUGAUAAGUACGAUGCGCUUUCGCUAGUCUUCAACUUUAUGUUGUUUUACCCCAUAAGUAGUUGAAUGCAACAAUUUAUUCAAUAGCCCGAGAGAUAGAGAUAUCGGUGAGGCAGAAUCGUGGCCAGUCGGACAAAAUCUGUCCGUAUGUGAAGGCAUUUUUGAGUUGAACUCUGUAUGUUGAGCUUUGCGGUAUUUGAUUCAAAUUGUUUGAAUAUUGUUCAAAAUGAUAUUGGUUGAGAAGCUGAUGAAAAGUUUGAAAUUGUUGUAUGUGUAGAGAAAAAUUUGCUCUAGCUCUAGUCCUUUCCUUCCAUUCGCGUAGGUUCUGUAAAUAGAUCGCUUUCUUCGGGGAGCAGUCGCCUUUCCUA